CUGCUAUCCUCCUCACACGGUAAUACGGAGAGUUGAGUCGAGAGCGGGAGAGGGAGAGGGAGCGGGAGAAUGUCUCUACAUCAGGUGGCGUCAAUGGCGGCGGUCUCCGGUGGUCACUGCGAAUUAGCUAUCAUGUCAUCUGUCCCUCUCCGCGCCACGUCAUUUUCUUUCCAUUUUCCCGUCUUCUGUCCCUCCACUUGCUCCCCCCUUUCAAGAUCUCGCGACUGUCACCCCCUUCCCCUCUAUCAUCAGAAUCCUCGGAGGAGAAACCCGGAAAAGCAGAAGGUUCUGAGGGUGGACUGCGCGGCAGGCCAGCCAUUGAAGGUGAUCAUAUUAGGCGCCCCGGCGUCGGGGAAAGGAACUCAGUGCCGAAUGAUCGUCGAGAAGUAUGGAUUAGUUCACAUUUCCACCGGGGAUAUAUUGAGGGCUGAAGUGUCAUCCGGGACUGAAAUUGGAAACAAAGCAAAAGAAUACAUGGAUAAUGGCAUGCUUGUUCCAGAUGAAAUUGUAACAGAUAUGGUGCUGACCCGACUUUCGCUACCCGAUGUAAAAGAGAGAGGCUGGCUUCUUGAUGGAUAUCCCAGGAGCUUUUCACAGGCACAAAGUCUUGAAAAGGCCAAUAUAAAACCAGAUAUAUGCAUUGUCCUGGAUGUUCCUGAUGAAAUUCUGAUCGACAGAUGUGUUGGUAGGAGGAUAGAUCCUGUUACCAGAAAAAUCUACCAUCUUAAGAACUUACCUCCUGAGACGGAUGAAAUUUCAGCACGACUCAUAGCCCGUGCUGAUGAUACUCAAGAAAAAGCUGAGUCACGUCUUGAGACAUAUAAGAGGAAUGUAGAAGCUAUUUUGCCCUUGUACAUGGACUUGUUAAAGAAGAUUGAUGGAAACGGCCCGAAGGAUGUUGUAUUUGAUGAGGUUGACUUCUUAUUUCAUCCAUUUCAUGCUGAUGCUAUUAAGUCAAAGAAGCUGAGCACUGUUGAAGGAGAUUCUGUUGAAGUUUGCACCUCCACUGUUUCGUUUUCGACUCAGAAAAAGUGGCGCGGGAUCCCUACUAGACUAAACAACAUUCCCCAUUCUAAGGAAAUAAGGGAAUACUUUUAUAAUGAUGUGCUGGAAGCUACACUAAAGGCUAUAGAAGAUAAAAGAUCCCGAUUAAAGGUGGAGAUCAACAUUCCGGAGCUCAACCCCGAAAUGGAUGUUUAUCGGAUUGGCACCCUAAUGGAACUGGUGCGAACGCUGGCUCUUUCAUUUGCUGAUGAUGGGAAGCAUGUGAAGGUCUGUGUUCAGGGAUCUAUGGGAGAAGGUGCACUUGCUGGGAUGCCACUGCAGCUUGCUGGAAGCAGAAGAAUUUUAGAAUUUAUGGAUUGGGGGAAGUAUGGUGCUAAAGAUACGUUCAUUACAAUUGGUUCAAUAGGUGCCAAAGAGAUAGAUGAGCAAGUUGAUAUAUAUAUAUUAGUCUCUCCACAAAAUGCGGUUGGUAACUGCAUUAUAAAUGAUUUACAGGCUAUGACAGAUGCAGCUGGUCAGUGCCCGGUGAUUCUUAUAAAUCCCCGCCUUAAGGACUUACCCGGUUCCAGUGGCAUAAUGCAGAUAAUGGGAAGGGAUAAGAGACUGGAGUAUGCUUCAUCGUUUAUUAAUUGCUACUUCUUUCGGCUUCUGUACUAUGCAGGCACUCAGUAUCCAAUUAUGGGUGCAAUAAGGAUGUCUUAUUCACAUGAUUACGAACUCUUUAAGCGGAUUGAUGACCCUUCUGGAAAGGAAAAAUAUGUUAUUAUAGCCAGAUUUCCUCUAAGGCCAACAAUUGAAGAAAUUAAUGAUGCAUUUGAAGGAAAAAUAAGCAGAAGAAGCAAAGAAAAAUGGGCAUCAGGACUAUGGUCCUUCUUUGGUUAAUGCCAGAUUGAAGAGGCUUAUCUUUGAAGAGGAUUAUCUCACAAUUAUGAAUGAAAUCUCUGGGACGAAGAUCAGCCGCUCCACCAACCAGAUGUAAUAGUAUCGUUCUACAUGGGGUUUGGAAGAUGAAGUCUAUGUGACAAUUCCUUCCUUAUAUGAGAAUAGGAACGGUGCAAAUGAAGUCUACAGGGUCAAGUAAUUACCUAAGGGUUGAAGAGAGCAGCCGUAAAAUCUAUAUGCAUCACGUCCAGCUCGACGUUAAGAACGAUUAUUACCACACCGG